ACGCUAAAACAUGCUCACUGCAUGCUACAUAUUUAUACUAAAACUACUGUCAAAAUUCACUGACAUUGAUGUCAAACCUGGUGUUUGUCUGAAUGUUUGUUAAACUUUCAUGCAUCCUGGAAAUGAUUCCGUGCAGAAACAAACCAUGGUAGAAGAUGAAAGGAAUUGCAUCAUUAUUACAUUUUCUUUUUGUCAUAAUUAUUGGCACAGAAUGGAAACAAAGUUCUUCGACUGCAGUACCAGUGAUCAGAGUUGAGCUGUCUGAUUCCUGCCGCACUGAAGCCAAAUUUGAGUGGCUUAUUUUUGAGGAUGAAACAAGCCUACCAAAUUGCUCCAUUGUGUAUGAAAAACAUGACAUAUUUGAUUCAAACAUCUCCAAAUAUUUGGACCAACUUUCCACUUUGAAGAACUCUGGAACAUUUACAAUAAAAGAGUUGGUUCUUGGAGAAAAUUACUCUGUUCAAAUAGUUUGUAAGAAAGCACACUCAGAUAUUUUAACAUUUAGCAUUGAAGAUAAGGAUUGUUCUUCCAUUGAUGGUAAGGGUGAAUCUUCGGACACGCCAGUGGUAUUUAAACAAGAGACGUCAUUGUUGGGCACUAGAGAUUCAGUAUUAGGAAUUGUUUUUGCUCUUUUUGGAAUUCUGAUAAUUAUUGUGACAACUUUUUAUGUUCUAAGAAAGAUUAGAAGACGCCAGCGUCUAGAACGGAUACGUAGAUACUUAGGGUCAUCAUUGAUAGAUCCAUUUGAAAAUAUGCAGGACAGGGAACAAGAAAAUGGAAGUGAAAGAUUAAUAGGUGCAACAGAAAGCUAGCAGUUUGAGGGACAGAUUUAGUUCCAAUGUGUUAGUUAGUGAAGAAAAACUAGCUGACCUACAGUUUUUUUUUAUAUUAAUCAAGGUGAUUAAAGGCACAUUAUGCUUCAAAAAUCCAUAUUUUUUUGUAAUUCUUUAGAAAUGCCAAACAUGUGUUUGAUAAUGUUUUAAGAAUGGAUUAACAGCAUAUUAGAUAUUCAACAACUGAACAGAGUAACGCUUAACAUGCAGUGAUGUGUCAUAAAGGUAGCAAAGUGUAGCAAAACUGUGUAGUAUUUUGACUUCCAUACAAAAUUCUACAUGUAAGUCACUAGAUAUACCUUUUGCAAACAUAGCAAAAUAAGCAAAAGAUAGUUUAUGUAUGUGGCAAAUUAGUAUUUUUUGAAAACUGAAACUAGAUACCAAAGAUUUUGAGAAAUGAUAAAAGCAAUGUAAGGCAUAAUGGGCCUUUAAGUUAUUAUGUCACCUUAGUGAGAUACUAUCAUGUCUGCAGUUUUGAUAGUUAAACACAGAGACAUCUGUACUUUCAGCUUUAUCUUGGUAAUGGUACAUUAGCUUCAGUGUUAUAGUCAUGUACCAAAAAUUUGAAACAAUGUUCGGAUUCAUUUGUUUUGUCUAGUUGAAACAAGACUUGUUUAAAAUGUUUCAUUGUUGAUCUGAGGUUUACUAGUAUAUUGAAAUUUUGGAACCAGUCUGGAAAAUGUUCACAUUUGAUUGGUUUAUUAAUGGUAAUGAUAAUUUUGAAUUUGACCAAUGAGAUCGCUGUAUUUAGCUGACUGGUUGCUAGACUGAAAAUCAGUUCUU